AAGAGAUUCGACAAAGGUCUCUACCACGACACAUUAAUUCAAACUGGUAACCAAAGAAGUUUUUCGGAAAGAAAAACUAAGAGAAAAUGGAUGCCAAACUCUCACUGGGUUAAACUUUAUAGUGAAGCUUUGGAUACUAGAGUUCAAUUGAGAGCCACAUCCAAGGCUUUGCGUUGUAUUGACAAGUCAGGUGGUCUUGAUAAUUAUUUAAUUGAAACUAGACCAGAGCUUGUUGGAUCAAGAUAUGGCAUUUGGUUAAAG